AUGUAGUUGAACCCCAGUAAUACUUUUUUAGCAUUACCUGAUAAAUAGAAUAUUUUUUAAUUGCAUUUCGUUCUAUUUAAUUUUGCUAAUGAUUCUCCAUUUAGAAGGCACUUAGAUCAUUUACAAAUUAUCAUCCUGAAACUUGGAAUUAUUCAUGGACAAUUGAAUCUAUGCUUAUUGGUUUAAUCUCCUUCAUGCAUACUAAUGAACAAAUAACAGGAGAUGUAGCAUGUAGCCUGUAAUGUUAAUUAGAAACUAAAUAUGCAAAAAACUCAAUUAAGCACAAUUUGGAUAAUCAAUAAUUUGUUAAAUUGUUUGCUCCUCAUUUUGAUGAGUUAGGUAUUCUUUAAAAGGAAAUCCAAGAAACUUUGUAAUAAUAAACUGCAAUUAAAGUAUAUUUACUGGAAUAAAAACUUGAGGAAUCGACUAACUUUAAUGUUAAUAAAAACAAUAUUAAUAUUAAUAAUAAUAAUAAUAAAGAUAAAUAUAAUAAUUGUGAUUAAAAUAUUAAAAAUAAUGAUAAUAUUAUAUAGAAUGAUAAUAAGGAUAAUUAUAAGAAUAAUAAUAAUACUAAUUCCUACAGUAAUAAUAGUAUCUAUAAUAAUAAUAAUAUCUAAUAUAAUAAUAAUAACAACUAUGCAGCUAGAUAAUCGAAAGGCUUAAUAGUUAUUUUUUCGCUGUUUUACUAUUAAUUUGUUAUGUAGUUUAUUACUAUUUUGA